CCCGUGGAGCAUCGCGCGAUGUUGUGGGCAGCUGUCUAACUUCGGCGAAGCGUACUCCGCGAUCUAGUGUCCAGCCAACAGUGACGUCACAAGCGAUCAACGUGAUUAUUGUUGUGUUAUCGUGGAUGGACCGCACGCGCUGUCUGUCUACUACCAGUGUUUGUUUUCGGCGGGAGGAGGUGGAGCUUGGCCCGAAGCUUUAAGGUUAAUCGCAGUCGUUGUUCAAGCGCCGCCAGGUGUCGUAAUAUUCGAAGCCGGUACGCUGUCAUCGGUGCUCGACAGUUUAACGGGUCGAAAAUUUUUUUUUAUGUAAACACAAUUUCUUCUUUCGCGUGUAGUCGCCAACGGUUUUCGCGUUAAUAGCGUUUAUAUUAACAUUAUUGAAACAAUAUGACGAUUUUAACGACGAUUCGAUUGUUUGAAAGUGCUAAAUAGAUUAUUCUAUUAUUAUUUAUUUUUUUUUUUUUUAAGAAAAACAGUGAAAAUCUCUUAUUUCUUUUUUAUUGUUUUCAAUUUUCCUUCUGUUAUUUCCUUAGUUAUCGUGUUCGCGUGUGAAUGCGCGAGUUUUUCAUCGUUCAACCAAAACGAUGCUGAUAAGACAUCGAACACGAACGUUCUAUUCAAUUGUUAAAAAUCGAUUCAAUUUUAAACGUUAUGUCCGGUGAUGCGAACAAUAAUUUAUUUCAAGGAUUCGUUAACAACAACGGUACAAAUUCAGAUUACUCCUCAGAACAUGUCGAUGCUCCAAAUGAGGGAGUAUUCAUGGUAUGCGGUGUUCUCAUUGCUAUGGUACUCGUUGCUGUGAUAAUAGUUGUGCUGGCCGUAACCAUAAGCAAACUCAGAAAACGUGAAGAAACCGCUGCUGCAGCAGCCACAGCUGAUACGACUGCUACUAAUACUACCACUGCAGUUAUCAACAACAAUACCAAUAAUAAUAACAACAAUGUUGUGGAUUGCCAGUUACCUCAUGCCCAGCCAGUAGAGGCUACAAUCAUUUCAAAUGUUUCCAAUGAUGUAGGUGAAACACCCGUACCAUUGCCAUUCUUGUGGCAGUAUGCAGCCAAAAAUGCGGCAUCUCGAAACACCAAUGGGUACAAUUCGCCCUAUAGGCUGUAUAAUUCUGAACAGGACACAAUGAUGUGUACUGUACCCAUUGAAGAAAAUGGAGAGCACCGUAAAGGGUUACGUAAAAACUUACGGGGCAAAUGGCGACGGCUUGUGCAUAAAAAACAACAACAACAAGACGUUUAUAAAAUACCUGCUGAAUUACGGGACCAGCUCAAACAAAUUUAUGUGUACUGAUUUUCCAAUUGCUUCUUGAGACAAUCCACAAACCUAUCAAAUUUUUAAUUGAUUAAUAUUUAUUUGUUUGUUUGUUUUUUUUUAUAUAAAAGUGGACAAAGUAAU